GAGCUAAAAUAUCAAAGGGUAUCUAAUCGCGUUACUAGGUCCGAUAAUAAAUGGAAAAUGCCUCAAAUACCAAAGAAACAUCGGAAAGUAAAAAGAGCUACAGUGAUCAUAAAACGGUCACAAUGUUUCAGAAAUUAUCCCAAAUAUUUGACUUAUAAACCUUUGUGUGAAAAGUUAAAGAGUAACAACAAUUAUCUAGCAAAAGCAUUGUCUAAAAAAAAACAAGAGUGUAACUUAUUAUUUACACGAAAUGUUAAUUUAAUUGCAGAGGUACAAGAUCUAGGUUCAGCAUGUAAUAAAUGUAAUUCUACAAUAGCAAACAUUUCAAAAGGUGCUAAGGAAAUGCUUAAAAUGUUAGUGACAAUGUCGGGUUAUUUGACAAAUAUAAUUUCCACAUGCCAAGAACAUAUACCACCUGCCAAUACAAAUCUAAGGAUGUCUUAUAGUGCUUCUGGAAGAAGGGAUUCAUAUAGGGUGACAACAAAUGGUCCAACCAGAGGGGUGGUGAAGCCUAUGGUUAGCGGGCACACUAUUACAAAACCUACUAUUAAUUUGAGUAGAAUAAAUAUGCAACAUAUUAACGAACUCUCAAACUUAAAUAUAAUACCAGAAGUAACAACACCACCAAGAAAUCAAGAAACAAAUAGUCCAAUAUCUCCUGUGGCUGUUCCUGUGAGACAGCAUAGAUAUGACACUGCCCGUACCUGUAGAUUGCCAGAAAGACUGACUGUUAGUUCACCAAGAUGUAGUGAAGAAAAUGAAAGGAGAUUAAGCAGACGAAGUAGCAAAUAUUCUGGGAGAAUGUCAAGAAAGAGUUCCAGACAAAAGUCAGAUAGAUUGUCUGGUAGUAAUAGCACAGAAUCUAGGAUUGAAAAUUUUGAACGUAUAGGAAGUCCCACAGUAAAACUUAACGAUGUUUCAAAAUUACUACGAAAUUCUCAACGUAUUAACAUUGGUCGAUUGUUAACAGAAAACGGGAACAAUCAAAGAACUGUUAAUACAGAAAACAGUCGUGAUUUGAGUCAAGAGGAUUUUCAAUCAGAUGUUACAAUACCACAAUCACCUCCAUCAGAUACUCCAAAAGAUAAUGAUGACAAAUCUGUUGAAAAUGCAGAUACACUAUCUGACAGUGCAGUACAUGUUUCGGACGAAGAUAAAAAAGAAAACCGUAGGACACAAGAAAGUCUUAAAUCAGAUAUGGAGGAUCCUCUUGAAGGACCAAGUUGGUUAUUCAACAAUUCCCGAACAUCGCCACACUUCAUAAAUGAAGCAAAAAAGACUGAUAAUGCAAACGUUUCUAUCAACGACAGUGCGUGUAGUAUUUUGAAAGUAGCAAGUACAUGUUACGAAUCUGAUGAUGAAACAAGUAUGGAAGAGUCGUUGCUGCUUUCAAACAAACGUAGAAAUCAGAUAAACCAUUUUAAAAAAGAUAGACAGGUACACGCUAGGAAUGAAAAUAUGAGCUGUCCACAGGAUGCAAAUAAUGAAACGAUUUGUAAAACAUCUACAUCGGCUAUUCCGAAAGACAUUAAUCAAGCUGAACGAAACGUGGAGAGCGAUCGAACUAGAAACUUAGCAAACUUCGUUACGCAAAGGCGAGGUUACUUAGUGGAAGAAGAUGAUGAUGAUGAUUUUACUUUACUGUAUACAGCACAUCCUCGUAAGAUGCAUUUUGACAUAAAUGAUUUAAAACUACCCGUCUUAGAAGAGUCUGCAUUAAAACCAAUAGCUUCAGUUGAACCAGAACCAGAAAUUACAACUACACUCCGAAAAAUAUCUCAAAUUUGUCCAAUGCCAUCUGUUUCAAACAGCAGUGUAGACGAAACCAUGUUUAAUCAAUCCACGGUAAAGUUGCCUUUACCGGUAGAUAAUGAUUACGAUAACAAAGAUUUAACACAGUCUAAAGAUAGGUGUGAGACUUCACGACGGAAGAAGAAAAUAAAGAAGACAACUUAUAAUGAUUUGACUGAUUUUAUUGAUAGUACGCCAACAGUUAAAAUCCGCGAUAGCCGGAAAGAUAAAAAGGAUAAGCCUGUAAAUAAGGAUCCAAGUACUGCAAAAGUGGUGUUGGAAAAGUUAAACGAAUCUGAUGUCAAAUCGAGGACACCAUCACCCGAAGAGAGGUUGCAGGAUUUCAAUCAACCCUUAAGUCCUAGCUUUUCGCGAGCGGACAACUCGAGCGAUUCAGGGAGUAGUAAUGAGAGUACGAGUAGCAUUGUGAACCGACUUAGACGAAAAAGAGCACCAAAAAAUUUUCGGGAACCCAGUUUGAGAAUGAAAUUACGAAGGAACUAUUGAUAGAAAUGUACAACAGUCGUUGAUACUUGAGGCACGAAUGAUUAAACACAGUAACAUGAAACUUCUUGUUGUUUUUAUAAAUUGUAAUGUAUAUAAAUUAUGGAUACGUUUAACGUGAGAAAUUUGUUGAAUAGACUGUUCUAAGUGGAUAAAAAUUAAAAUAAUUUAAUUGGCCAACUACUAUAUGUAAGCCAUUCAGACUUGAAUCGUUCUGCUUCCAUUGUUGCGCACAAUUUUAUUAAAGCAGACUCUGUUAAUUAUUUACAGAUAAUCGCAAUGCUUCGACGUAGUCAUAGCUUCGAUAAUUUUAGCUUCCACUUGUAGUAUUCUUCGUAUGUUGUGCAUUUUACCUGUUUUUGUACCCAUAUCUAAUGUUGGAGAAAA